UCCUCGCUGGGGAGGCAGAGUCCUCGCGUGGCCUCCUGCCUGUGCCCCGGGGAGCCCGGCUUGCAGACAACAGCAGUGUUGUCCAUGAGCUCUGCAGACCAUCAGUUCAGCCUCGCAGAGAUCCUGUCGCAGGAGUACAGCCUCCGCCAGGAGUGCGAGGCGGCCUCUAGGUGCCCGGGCCAGCGCGAGGAAGAGCUGGAGAAGGACUUCAUCUCUCAGAGCAGCGACAUGCCCCUUGAUGAGCUGCUUGCCCUCUACGGCUACGAGGCCUCAGACCCCAUCCCUGAGCGGGAAAGUGAGGGCAGCGAUGUGGCCUCCAACCUGCCGGACAUGACCCUGGACAAGGAACAGAUAGCGAAGGAUUUGCUUUCAGGGGAGGAAGAGGAAGAGACGCAGUCCUCAGCCGAUGACCUCAGCCCGUCUGUGACCUCCCAUGAGGCCUCUGAUCUUUUCCACAACCAGAGUGGAUCCCAUUUCCUGGCUGACCAAGACAAAGGUCCCAACUCAUCUGCCUCCUCCGACACUGAGGAGGACUCCCUUCCUGCCAACAAGUGUAAGAAGGAGAUCAUGGUUGGGCCUCAGUUCCAAGCCGAUCUCAGCAACCUGCACUGGAGCCGGCACGGAGAGAAGAUCUAUGAGAAUGAAGACCAGCUACUCUGGGACCCCAACGUGCUCCCUGAGCAGGAGGUGGAGGAGUUCCAGUACAGGGCAGUGAAGCGGCACUGGCACGAGAUGGCUGGGCCCCAGCUCCCAGCGGGAGAGGCAGUGAAGGACAGUGAGCAGGCGCUGUACGAGCUGGUGAAGUGCAACUUCAAUGCCGAGGAGGCCCUGCGCAGGCUGCGGUUCAACGUGAAGGUGAUGCGAGAUGGGCUCUGCGCCUGGAGCGAGGAGGAAUGCAGGAACUUUGAGCACGGCUUCCGCGUGCAUGGGAAGAACUUCCACCUGAUCCAGGCCAACAAGGUGCGCACACGGUCGGUGGGCGAGUGCGUGGAGUACUACUACCUGUGGAAGAAGUCGGAGCGUUACGACUACUUUGCCCAGCAGACGCGGUUGGGCCGGAGGAAGUACGUCCCAUCUGGAACCACGGACACAGACCAGGACCUGGAUGGUAGCGACCCCGAGGGCUCCAGCCGCCCCCGCCCCGAGCAGGAUCCCCUAAUGGGGAUGCAUGCAGAGCCGCCGAGUGUGGAUGGCACAGCUGGGGAUCCCAGCGAGCCCAGAGUGGGCUCCGAUGGCCUUCCAUCACUGGAGCCAGGGCCCUGUCCAUUCCAGCAGCUGGACGAGCCUCCCGUGCCCCUGCCCCGGCGGCCCCCAGCCCUGGGUGACCUGGCCUCAUACCCCUCGGCGGCCACUGCGGAGUCAGGCACAAGCCCGAGGCUGGCUGUGGACUUCACCGUGCCUGGGCCCCUGCCCGAGGAGCUGCCAGUCCUGUCCAGCCGUGUGGAUCUGAACGGGGUCACCACAGAGGCUGAAGCCCCUGCACAGGUGGCCUUGUCUGUCACAGAGUUUGGACUCAUCGGCAUUGGGGACGUUAACCCCUUCCUGGCUGCUCACCCUGCACACCCGGCCCCUGGGCUGCAUGCGGAGCCUCUGUCACACUGCAACGUGAUGACCUGUUGACUGCUGGCCGCAGGCAGGCGUGAGCAGCCUGGACUGGACUUGGCACUGCUGGGGCAGCCUCCGUCAGUCUUCCUGACCCCCUGGGCCUCGGGGCGACGCCUGCUUUGCCUCAGACACUUCAGGACCGGGUGAGGCGGCAGGCUGUGGCCCUCCCUUCCUCCACACAAACCGGACCCAGGGCCACACGGACCUGCAUCCUCUGUGCCAUGGGGAUCUGCUGGGUAGCCGGGCUCACAGAGGGCCCGGCCCUUGGGACACAGGGCACAGCGCCACUGUGUCCUCUGCAGUCAGCCGGGCGAGGGAAGACGCCCCUACCCAGCAGGGGGUGGGCAGGACACGCCUCCCGCACCAGCAGCCCCCUUUGGGCCUCAGCACUCGGCUGGCGCUGCCAUGCCUGGCAGGGCCGCGGGGCUGCCCAGCCGAGGCUAGUGGGCAGCCGCCUCUCAGUGCCAAAUCCCGCGGGGCCCAGAGCCAUAUACCUCGCCACCUGCCCCGUUAUCUCCACUUCAGGAAAAGCUGCACUUUACGCCUGACUGCCUCCCGCUCUCCAGCCCUGGCCCCCAUCUGACCUUGGAGCACUUGGGCGGUGCUUCUGCAGCCUGGGCGUGGGUCUGAGGAGACAGGUGACUUACGCCCCCGCUGCCCCUUCCCCUCAUUGCGAGGCCGGGGGCUGUGGAGGAGCCGGGCCAUCACCUGCAGCACUGAGGGCCCGGCCCUGUUGGUCUCAUUCCGUUGUCCUCUUCUCUCCCUGUUUUAUUUAUGUUUCGUUUACACAUUGGGUGGGGUCCUCGGGGCAGGCAGCUCGCCGGCCCAGGUCCUGCGAGCGUCAUGCUGCUCGAGCCCCUCUGCAGAGCCGGACUUGACUGUCCCUCGCCCCACUGAGGACCACACUGUGAAGUGGUAGCUGCCUUGAUCCCUGCCCUUGCUGUUUUAUUUAUUAAACUUGGUUUGAAGCCCA